AUGGCUGAUUUGCUUGCUGGGAGGGUAGCUGGCUUGUUGUUAGGUGAGCAGAGUGAUGCGGGGAGUAGGGAUGCCAAUGUGACCCACCAACCAGCGUAUAGCCAGUUUUCCAUUGCCCUCAGCAGGGAAGAGGGUGUGGAGGUCAUCAUGGAAUUUGUCCAUCAGAUAGUGACCCAAUGGUUCUUAACAUAUCCCUUGCAUGAUACCUGUCCUUAUCCUCCCAGCACUUCAUCUUCUCAAUAUAGUCAACAAUACUCUCUGAGCCCUCAAUAUUACACAUCUGCUCCUGCUCCUGCUCCCCUUUCUGCUCCCCCUUCUGCUCCCUCCCAUACUGCUCCUUAUAAUACAUCCCCCCAAUUCCACCUUCCCAGUCUUCCAGCACCAGAAUAUAACUUCAAAUAUGAUGACAACAAUUUUAAUCAGGAAACUAGUGGACAGUUUGAUGCAGACACCCCAGAUCACCUUGAAGGUGAUGAUAUGAUGAUUGAUGAGACAACUGAUUGCCCUCCCCAUGUUGCAGGGUCGAAAUGGCAGCUCCCCUCAUCACUGUCACUCCCUCCUGAUACUCCAGAACCAUUCCAUAUGCCUGAAAAAUCCUCGACAUCUUCCUACAACAGUCAUUCAGCAUUUGGUGCACACAAGCCAUUGAGCCAUGGGGGACAAUGCAAACUACCAUCAGAAAUGUCAUGGAGCAUGUCAACACCGUCAUUGACAACAUGA